CUAACCGUAACGACAAUUUACAGCUCAUUCAAGGGUUAUGGGAAAAUGAAGCAAGCUGACAAGUUGGCUGGCAACCCGGCCAUAACACAAUAUGUCAGCUAGCAUUUCGUCGAGCAUUCUGGCAGGGGCGAAAAGUGACAAAAAAUGGCCGAUCCAAAUCAAAACAUCAUUUGCGCUCCGGACGAUUGUGCGAUAAAAAUUAGCAAAUGGAAAGUGCGCGAGGGAUUUCCGGUGACCAGUGGCAGCAUUAUAUUGUUCUACGAGCAGCUAGAUGGAAGCGAUAAGGAAGUAAAGCGGUUAAAGGCCACACAGAGUGGCGUUGUAAAGAAGCGCCUAGCACGAGAAGGCGCAACCGUGGCGAAAGGAAAGCCGGUACUCGAACUCGGACAAUGUAGCCAUAUGACGGUUAUAAAGGACAUGUGCGCUGAUUGUGGUGCGGAUCUGCGUCAGGAUGAACCGAGCAGCUGCUCGAAGGCUUCCGUUCCGAUGAUCCAUUCGGUGCCGGAGUUGAAAGUGACGGAAACGCUCGCCAAAAAGCUUGGACAAGCCGACACGGAAAGGUUGCUGAGUGAUCGAAAGUUAGUGUUGCUGGUGGAUCUUGACCAAACGCUCAUUCACACCACGAACGAUAAUGUGCCAAACAACUUGAAGGAUGUGUACCAUUUUCAACUGUACGGCCCAAAUUCGCCCUGGUACCACACGAGACUUCGUCCAGGUGCGCUAGAGUUUCUGGCAAAAAUGCACCCGUACUACGAGCUGCACAUAUGUACCUUUGGAGCGCGCAAUUACGCUCACAUGAUCGCACAAUUUCUCGAUAAGGAUGGAAACUUUUUCUCCCAUCGCAUUCUCUCCCGAGACGAAUGUUUUAAUGCGACCAGCAAAACGGAUAACUUGAAAGCGCUGUUUCCAUGCGGCGACUCGAUGGUGUGCAUCAUUGAUGAUCGAGAAGAUGUAUGGAACAUGGCAUCCAACUUGAUACAGGUUAAACCGUACCAUUUCUUUCAACACACCGGUGACAUCAAUGCUCCGCCCGGCAUGUCGAAGAACGAGCUCGAUGGCAAGGGUGUAGACUUCAAGGAGCUCAUGAACCAGUCGUUAAAAGAGAAAAAAGCUAAAGAUGCCGCUACUGAAGAUCGUCCACCAACGCCGAAAAUACAAACGCAAGAAGGUGGAAAGCAACCGUGUGAGAAAAGCAUGCCCGAGCAUGCGCUGGACGAUAAGGUAGAAGACGAGCCGACCACGGUGGAGACGGCAAGCCAAGAUGAAAAGAGCAAAGAAGAUGAAAUGCGUCCAGAGGCUGAGAAAGUGGAAACUUCUGUUACUAUUAGCAAGGAGCUGAAGGAGGAGGACAUAACAGAAAACAAACUUAUUGUAAAUGAAGCAAAGGAAGAGCUGCUUUUAGAAAAGGAAGUCGAGAAAGAAGCUGAAGUGCGACCUGCACAGUUGGAGAAACAAAAAGAACUUCAGGCAAAGGAUGAAGUAAAAGAUACUGCAACCGAAACCGAUAAGCAAGAGGAACCGCCAGGCGACAACGAGAGCUUAGCGGAAAGUUUUGCCAAAGAAGAGGAGAAAUCUGCCACAAAUUCCAAGCAAGAGAAAGAUUUAAUCGAAGUGGAAGAUCCGGACGAUUAUUUGCUCUAUCUCGAGCACAUUUUGCUGAAGAUCCAUAAAAUGUUCUACGAAGAGUACGACAAAACACAAACCAUUUCCGAUCUAAAGCAGCUGAUACCGAGAGUAAAAGCUCGCGUGCUUGUGGGUAUGCGGCUUUGUUUCUCCGGUCUCAUACCGAACAAUGUAAAGCUAGAGCAAAGUAAGGCGUACCUGAUAGCACGAAGUUUGGGUGCUGACGUAACGCAGAAUCUGGAACCAACCACCACGCAUCUGGUUGCAGUUACAAUCGGUACCUCGAAAGUAAACAAUGCUCGCAAGAACGCACAAAUAAAAAUCGUCACCCCCGAGUGGCUGUGGUCGUGUGCGGAGCGAUGGGAACAUGUGGAAGAGCUGUUGUAUCCGCUGAAAGCAUCAAAUCCAGCCAAAAUGCGGCAGCCACCUCCACACUGUCACAGUCCAGAGCACGCUGUUAAUUAUGGAGCAAUGACAAAGUCACGAGAAGAGCCGAAGUUUAUGGACACGGUGAAUCCAUUGUUAAGCUUUUCAAAUGACGAUCUGGACGCAAUGAACAAUGAUUUCGACGACUUCUUCGAAUCGGACGAUAGCAGUAGCGAUGACGAACCGGUAGACAUUGAAAACCCGCCCAUGGAAAAGUCACUGCGUAAGAGGAAACGCGUCGAAGAGAUUGAAACUAACCGUGGGCGGCACAACAUUUUCCGGAAGCGCACUGAAGAAGAAGAAGACGGGCAGAAGGAGGAGGAGAAGAGACGCAUCCUGAAGUACGACAAUCCCGAACAGAAUGACGAAAACAGCCAAACUAAUGCAUCAUCGUCUAAUGAUGAAGACGAGAGUCCGAGUGCAAAGUUUCGGCGUGGUGAAGAUUUACCAUCCGACCUGGAUAUGGGGUCAAACAGCGAAGGAAGCAACGAACCGAUAGAUGAUGUCGACGAUGGAGAUUGGAAUAUGAUGGGAGCGGCACUGGAAAGAGAAUUUCUAGGGUUGGAUGAUUAACUUAAUUCAGGAGCACUAAUUGAAGUAAAAUGAAUACAGAUGAAUUCGGUAAAGUCUCUA